AUGGCCAGUCCGCAAUUCACCGGUUUGGAUUGCACCCUCAUACGGUUUUCAGUCGGAAACGAUGCAGAACUUGGGAGGAUAUCGUUCGUCUACACGGACGAUUCAUACGAGACUGACGAUUUUGCCAGUCUACCCUCGUUCAGUCUCGUUGAUUCGGUCGAGUGCCGAAACAUGCCAACGCUGCCUGCCACGAGUAGCACAAAGCACGAGCUCUGCCGGGACUUGAUAUCCAGCUGGAUGACAGAAUGCAACAGCAGUCACAGAGACUGCGCGUCGCCGCAUCCGUAUUGGAGCCCAACGCGACUCAUCGAUGUGCGGGACUACGAGCGCGGCCUAGUUCAUCUUAUUGACACGGCUGGCAAGUCGGAGAGGAGCAUGCCUUAUGUUGCACUGAGCCACUGCUGGGGAAAGAAACACUUCAAGAUCAUGAACCAAAGCAACAAACGUGACUUAGAGGCGGGGUUUGCCGUCCAAGACCUGCCUCCGAAUUUCCAAGACGCCCUUUAUGCGACAAAAAGGCUGGGGUUCCGAUACAUUUGGAUCGAUUCUCUCUGCAUCAUCCAAGGGUCGGACGACUGGAAGACGCAAGCACCACUGAUGAACAAAGUGUACCGAAAUUCGAGCCUGACUCUGGCAGCAACGGCAUCUCCUGAUGCAUACGGCGGAUUGUUCAGGGACCGAGAUCCGUAUGAUAUUAUUCCUCCAGAGCUGAAAAUACCAAUGGGGAUGAAGGGAAGAGUGGAAAACGUCAAAUGCAGUGUCAUUCCGAUGAGGCUAUGGGCAUCGGAAGUGAGAAACGGGCCCCUAAAUAAGCGGGCGUGGGUUGUUCAAGAAAGGCUUCUGGCGCCACGGACGGUGCAUUUCUGCAAUCAGCAGAUUUUCUGGGAGUGUUGUCAACUCGAGGCAUGCGAGGUAUUCCCACAAGGCAUCCCGAAACACUUCUUUGAAGACUACGAGGCCACCUACGAGCUUCAGGGGUUCAAGAACUGGGAAAGAGCCGUCAGAUCAAUCCGAACGGGUGGCGAAAAAGACAGCAGACUUCCAGAAUACCAGAGCCCUUACGAGCUGUGGCAGUUCAUCCUCAGCGAGUACAUGGCAUGUGGACUGACUAACCCCGGAGACAAGUUUGUGGCCCUUUCUGGGAUAGCGAAAGAGUUCUCUCGGGUUCUUCAAGACGAAUAUGUGGCCGGCCUCUGGAGAGGGGAUUUCAUCAACUGCCUUCUCUGGUAUGUCAAUGACCGGGCAUUGCUGGGCGAUGCCCCCGACGUACAACGGCCCGAGAGUUAUCGAUCGCCCUCGUGGAGCUGGGCAUCCAUAGAUGGAUCCGUCACACACCCCAUCGUGUUCGAGCUCGCUGGAGAUUACGCCGAGAUACUAGACGUCAGCAUCGAGCCGAGAGGCGGAGACCUUGUUGGCGGCCUGCGACGGGCCCAAAUCACCGCUUGCGGGAGGCUGGUUCAGAUCCCCCGGCCAACCCACUUCAAUUGGAACUCGAUGCACUAUUUCGGCACCUUCCAUCCUGAUGUUAGGGAGGAGAUUGUCGAUACGACGUAUUUCUGCCUGCCAUUGAGAGAACUAGGCGUUGAUGGACCAUAUCACUCACUCUGGGGCUUGGUCAUCGUACCGGCUAGCAGUGAUACUCGUCAAGACACGCACCCGGGGACAUUCAAGAGAGUGGGCAUCUUCCGGAUUGAUACUGGCGAGCCGCUGGAACGUUUGACCCAGAGGAAGCCGGAGGGCUGGAGGGACACAGAAAAUACAGCUUGGUUCGACGAAGACAUCCCCAUGAGCGAAUUCUUGCUUAUUUGA